AUGCUACCACGACUUCUCCUUCUCUCCGCAGGUCUCUUGACCUUGACGACACCCAUCCUUGCACAAUUGCCCUACAAUCCCACCCGCAUCAUUCCAGCAAAAGGUGGCUCAUACGCCUAUCUCUUCUCCCCGCAGCCAUCUUCCUUCCAGUUUUCCCUUCAUCUGCUCGACACAUCCGAGGAACUGAAUAAGACAUCUCCAAGGACAAAACUGUCCGACACCCUGCCCUUUCUCUCGGGUUCAACCUCCAAGGCUUUCAUAACUCUCGCCGACCACGAAGGUAUAACAGUGCUCGCUGGAGACUGUAAAGAGGCGACAAAUGGCUUAGAACUCUGGAGGUUGACAACCGGCAAUGAUGGGAAGAACAGCACAUGGUCUACGCUGCCCGUCACCGCGAGUGAUGGCUCCCUGGGAUCUAGGUACCUUGCAGCCGGGUUUACCUUCUCCCCGACAGCUUCAGUUCCAGAUACUUCGUUGUACGUUUUUGGAGGGAUGUGCCCUGAUAGAGACUCUUCUGAUGCUUCCAAUUGGGUGUCGGGUGCCACUUAUUCAAACACAAUGCUUACCCUCACCCCGGACUCUCCGUCGGACGCCAGUUCACCAUAUCAAUUGUCAUUGACCGGGUCGAGAGCUCCACCCAUUGCCGAGGCAGGAUUGACCAUAACACCCUUAGCACCAACCUUCUCCAAUACCUCAGACAACAACGUAUCACAGCAGCAGAAUUUUGUCCUUCUCGGUGGCCAUACUCAAAGUGCCUUUAUCAACAUGUCACAACUAGCUAUAUUUGCCUUGCCUCAGGCGUCUUGGGCUUUUGUGGGAGUAUCCCAGUCCCGGGGGACUGGAGGCGGAAAAAUAAAGUCUAGAGAUGCAAUCACUGUUGAGCCACGAUCUGGCCAUACUGCAAUCUUGACCGAGGAUGGAUCCAAAGUUGUGGUGCUUGGAGGCUGGGUAGGUGACAUCAAUACUCCGGCACAGCCUCAGCUGGCUAUACUGGAAGUUGCUCAGGAAUACGGCGGCCGGGGCGAUUGGACGUGGACCGUUCCCACUUCCACAUCUAAUCCUUUCACGUCUGGCGCUGGCAUAUAUGGCCACGGCGUAGCUCUGCUGCCUGGCGGCGUCAUGAUGGUCACGGGAGGCUAUCCCAUCAGUUCAUCUGGCUCGAAGCAUAAACGAAAACUCUCCGAUCAGAUUUUUUUCCUGAACACGACAACUUUGGACUGGACCAGUACGUACGCGAACCCUUACCCCUCAGGCUCAUCGUCAGAUUCGGCCAGUGCAGAGUCGUCUUCUUCAGGACUGAAGACUUCCGAAAAGGCGGGUUUGGGCGCGGGCCUUGGUCUCGGCCUGGCAACCGCUGCUGGGGUGGCUAUUGUCUGGAUCUGGUAUUCGCGUAAGCUUAGGGCGAGACGUGCUGUACGUGAGAAAGGGCUUCGAGAACUUGCUUUAGGGGCCGAACGCUAUCAUUCACCGGCACCCCUGGAUGAAGAUGAUCCAAGAUAUUCUGGCAUGCGGACUGCCAGCUGGGGUGCUGCCCAGGAACGCCAGAUCGAGAGCUCGGGGCAUCCUGACCCUUGGGCACCAAUGGCUCCACCGGAUCAGAACGGAAGGUCGCGUAUGAACCCUGACGGUGGAGACAGCAACAAUUCUCGGUAUGCUGGAGGCACGGAGGUCUUGAUGGAAAUACCUAGUCCCACGAGGGGAUUGAGAAAGAGCUUGAAUUCUAGGCUUCCCAUGGGAUACGGACCCUUUAACCAGCAUCCGCCAACUGGACCAGGCGCAGUCUUCCGCAUCGAUGAAGAGGAUGAGGGGAGUCAAACAGGUUCUCUAAAGCGAUCGAAAACUCCCAAGAUCGCGGGCGACAGAAGCUCGGUCACGAGCGAUCCCUUUAAAGAUCCAUCACCCGCGGCUGAUGGUUCUCGGCACGAGGACGUGGCAGCUCAGCGUAAAAAGGAAGUGGAAGGUUGGGUUGAAGACUGGCAAUCAGCAGCCGAGUCGAUGAGCCUGUCAAGAAGUACGAGUCAAGCACACAGUCGAACAUAUUCUAACCUUUCACAAUUUCGCUCCCAGGACGUCGUCGUGGGGGGAUCAGGGCGCGGAUCUCCAGAGAAGUCAGAUCGCACGGGCAGCAACUUAUCCGAAAGCAGUGUGAUGAGCACUUCAUCCUUUCAGAGAUCCUUGACUGGUACGUUGUCGCGCAACAUUUCACAGCGGAGCGCUAGCGCGGGACAUGCACUCAUUUCUAGCGCCGCGGCGGCCAUGGGCCGGUUUGGAUACACGCGACAAGGCCCAGUAGAUCGUGAAACCAAUCCGGGCCUCGCUCGAGCACCUUCCAAUCGAAGUCUGUCUCUCAACGCUGACUCAGCUCGGCCUUCAAGUUCAAGAGAUCGCACCGAGACAUUCUCGUCUGCACGGAGUGAUUGGGGUCCUUCAACGCCAGGGGAGGAUCAAGCGCUUCUGAAUCGAAAUCGUCAGCGGCAACAAUUCGCCGAACGGGACUACAGGACGCUUCCUGAAAGCCCCGGCAAGGAGAAAUAUGCUCGAACUGGCAGCUUGACGGGAUCUGGUCGACGAGCGUUGAAUCUAUUCGAGAGCGCGAAGCGGGUCUUCACGGGAACCGGCGGUGUUGACGUUCAAGAUCGCGUUGCCGCGUUUGAAAGCCAUAGUGGUCAAUCUAGUCCGACGAAGCGCGCUGGCCAGCCUGAGAUGGCCGAGGCAGCUCCAAACAGAACCCUCAGCGCGGGAGCGUCGUUCUGGCGAGGCAAGAGAGGUGCCAAAGACUGGGACACCGAUUUGUCUGGUCCAAGCGAUGUUGGGUCGGCUUCGACAGUGCGAAGGAAACCUGUCCCCGGUCUGAUCUUGAACGACAACACCGGAGCUCUUGAUGACGACGAAGAGGACUGGGAUGUAGAAACAGCUGUUCAGAGACGGGUGGUGCAAGUCAUGUUUACAGUUCCGAAAGAAAAGCUGAGGGUGGUCAAUGCUGAUGCCUUGAGUCUGCUCAGCAGCAAUCGAAGCGAUGUUGAUCAUGAAGAAGAUAAGGAGAGGGAUCAGAUCAAAAGGAUGAGUAGUGUGAGGGAAGGGGAUGAGGAUAAUGACCCUGAUGACGAAACGACCAAGGGUAAAGGGAAAGAGAGGGAAUAUUGA